AUGGCGUCCCUCGUUCUCCGCUCUUUCCACUGUUCGGUGCCUACAGUUUCAAACGCUGCCCAUCCGCUAGCUGAAAGGACCGGUGCAGUUUCUUCUAUCCAGAGUCGUGGCUUAAACAGGAGGCUUGUUUUCUCGCCGGCGAAGAGGAGGAAUCUGUCUAUUUUGUCGUGCGGGAAGUCGUCUGCAGAUUCAUCUCCAGCUUCCAAGUGUAAUGAUGGUGCAACUUUCCCCAACGGUUCAUCAACAUCCAUUCCAUCCAACCCAAUUGAUGCAGCAGCUCCAACUCCAAAGCAGAGGUCCAUUGAUCCACUCACAGAUGUUUCUUUCGGAAAGUCGUCGCCUACGUCGGCUGCUGUGUCGGAGACAAGAAGUGAGCAACGCAGCUUAGCUUCUCUCUACCUCCUCGCUUACAAUUCAGUCCAGGCAGUGGGUUGGGCAGUCGCACUCGUCAGAAUCCUGAGCAAUUUCGCAGCUACUGGAUCCGUAGCCGGAGCUUAUGCUUCCGCCGGACAUCUCAUCUGCUUACUGCAAAGCAUUGCGUUCUUGGAAGUUGUCCACGGAGCAUUAGGUCUUGUCCCGAGCGGCAUUGUGUACCCGUUUAUGCAAUGGGGAGGCAGAACCCACUUCCUUCUGGCAGUCGUCCGCAGAAUCGUUGAGGUUCAGGAGCUACCAGCAGUUUUCAUAACCUUCACGGCCUGGAGCAUGAUUGAUGCUAUCAGGUAUCCACAUUAUGCUCUGAACAUCAUAGGCAGUUGUCCAUCAUGGGUUGUUUACAUCAGGUAUACUGCGUUCAUCGUCUUGUACCCUAUCGGAUUUCUUGGCGAAUUGUCGCUCAUGUGCCAGUCGCUUCCAUUUGUCAAGAUGAAUAACCUCUAUGCAAACUUCUUUGCUGCUCUUCCCUUCAGCUAUUACAACUUUCUGUGGGUUGUGAUCCUAAGCUACCCCUUCCUCUGGCUCAAUCUCUACCUCUAUAUGCUGAAACAACGAAGAUCAAAGCUGGGGAACCAGAACAUCAGCGAGAAGAAAAAACUAAUCUAG